UCCGCCACAAUAUGGCUUCCCCCACGGAAAGGCGAGAGCUAACGUUAAAGUAGAGACUUUAAAGGCUUCCUCGCAUGGAUCGUAGCGCCGAGUUCAAAAGAUGGAAGGCGCAGUGUCAGAGCAAAGCCGACUUCAGCCGGAAAGGCAGUGUGGAUGAGGAUGUGGUAGAUAUUGUGCAGCUCCUGAAUGGGCGAGAACAGUACUUCACCACGAGUUCCUGCGCUGGGCGCAUCAUCCUCCUAGACGGGAAUAUAAAUGGUUUUGAGGUUCAAAAGCAAAACUGUUGCUGGCUACUGGUUACACACAAACCUUGUGUAAAAGAUGAUGUGAUUGUAGCUCUGAAGAAAGCAAAUGGUGAUGCUGUUUUGAAAUUUGAACCACUUAUUCUUCAUGUGCAGUGUCGACAGUUGCAGGAUGCACAGAUUCUGCAUUCAGUGGCAAUAGAUUCUGGUUUCAGGAACUCUGGCAUAACCGUGGGAAAGAGAGGAAAGAUUAUGUUGGCUAUCCGGAGCACUCACGGCUUAGAAGUUCCAUUAAGCCAUAAAGGAAAGCUGAUGGUGACUGAGGAAUAUAUCGACUUCCUGUUAAAGAUAGCAAAUCAAAAAAUGGAGGAAAACAAGAAGAGAAUUGAAAGGUUUUACAACUGCCUACAACAUGCUUUGGAAAAAGAAACUAUUACUAACUCACAUCCCAAAGGGAAAAUCAAAGACAAAAAUUAUUCAUCAUGUACUCAUAAGAAAAAAAGAAACCCAGAAGCAUAUGGCAAAUGUAUCACUGAAGAAAAUGAUAAAGAACUUGAAAAUGACGAUGAUCCAGGAAUCAGUGUUUCUUUCUUCCCUGAAGAUUACUAAGAUUUCGUCUUGGUAGUAUAAUGUUUCUAAUAGAUAUUCCAAAGCUGCUCUUUAUAAGAGUAUUUUAGUUUCUUGGGUGUAUGAGCCACUCAGAAAAGCAAGAUUUAUUCUUUCUCUAUAUUUUAGAGAAAUCCCUAACUUUUAAAAAUAGGUACGUAUAAUAUUUGCUUAUUAAAUACCAUCUGUUUUAGUAACAUAGAGAUUUCAUUGCCAAAAUUAAAUUGACUGGAGCACCCGGGUGGCUCAGGCAGAGGCGCAGAGGACUCUCGAUUGCAGGGUCAUGGGUGCGAGCCCUACAGUGGGCAUAGAGAUUACUUAAAAAUAAAAUCUUCAAAAAAAUCAAGUAAAAUUGACUUUUUAAUGCCUCUCUUUUUUUUUAAGUUUUAAUUUCUACUUCUGCAAAACAAAACCAUAAUACUCUUCAAUUGAAGAACCUUAACAUUAGAAAUAAUUGAGUAAAAGUAAUCUCCACAUUUUACUUCUUUUUAACUUUGAAAUCUCCAGCUUUUAAAAGGGGAUAAGUUUGCUUCUUGUUGCCAUGGAGUCCAGUAAGAAGUUCUUCCCUUCCUUUUGACCUUGUGGAGAAAACAACUACUAGGAUUUUUGUGCAGAACAAAAUCCCUGAGCCCUGUUUCUCAUUACUUCUCACAAACCAGAGCUGGUCAUGGGCACGGUCUCUGUGGCAUAGGUGGGCCUAGUUUUCCACUAAACCUGAUCAGAAAUGAUAACUUAAGAAAUAGGAAUCUUUGUAGGAUCUUUACAUACUAUUUUGGAGAAUUUCAAGGAAUUGGAAGCCUUAGGUUGGAGUUCUGACUGCUGCACAGACCUUGGAGGGUUUUGAACAAAUCCCUGAAUUCCCAAGGCCUUCCGCUUCCUCUUCCGCAUAAGAGCAGUUCUGACACCUGCUGACACCACAGGAGUGCCGACAGCAUCGUGUUAAAUAAAACUGAGAACGUUAUUAAUAGA